ACAACAACCACAUAUGGCAUUCACGCCAAGAGAUACGCACGCCUCGCUUUAUAUUCGUAAAUUUGUAAAUAUUUGUAUAAUAAUUAUCGACAAAUAAAUGUAAUUGGACUGUUAUUUUUGUGAUUAGUGUAUCAGUGCUCGGUAGUUAAAAGUUUGCGAAAAUAUGAAGGAAACACUUCUUUUACUGGUAAUUUGCUGUGGAGUAGCAUAUUCCGCCAACCUGUGCUGUCCUGAUGGAUCUCUUGUCGUCAAAGGCGGAUGGUGCGGAAAAGAGAAAGCUAAGAAGACAACCCUGCAAUGUACCGAGGGCAUGAUGGUUCUAAGGGAUAUAGUUACGAUCGGUGAUAAGGUAUCAACAUUGGACACGCCAGGAUAUGUGUUCGUGGAAGACACGUCACAAUAUUGCGUUGCAAAUAUGUCUCGAAAUGUUAGUGACCCUUCAAUGGGUUUAGUGCGCGUCGCAUUGGUGUGCUUUGAGAAAGUCUCAAAUCGAGACGCAGAAUUUGAGACGAGUGGAAUUCUCACAAUUAUAUCUGUCUUCUUUCUUUUGGCAACUGUGGUAGUAUAUGGCUACGUUCCCGAGCUGAGAGAUUUACAAGGCCUCUGCUACAUGUGUAUGUGCAUCAGCAUGGCCAUCGGUUUCCUUUGCCUGGGCUCGCUGCAACUCAGCCGUUGGAUUACAGGCGCUUUAUGUACUACAACCGGUUUCUUCAUAUACACAUGGAUGAUGGCUACUUUUUUCUGGAUGAACGUCAUUUGUAUAAAUGUUUAUAGAACCGUGCAGGAUGCUGCCUACUUGAGGAACACAGAGAAGAAGCAAUACUUCAUCUACAGCUGCUACGCUUGGGGCGGGACCCUGACGUUCCUCACCAUCAGUCUCAUCACCAACUUCGUGGAGGGGGGUCACCUAAAACCUGACUUUGGGAAAGGGAGCUGUUGGUUUGCCGGUCGUACAGAGACGUGGUUGUUCUUCUACGGGCCGAUAGCCGUCCUGGUUGCCGCCAACAUUGCUCUGUUCAUCAUGUCUUCCCGCAGCCUGUGGACUACCACGAGGAAAUACGAGGCCAACAAACUGAACAUCAUCAAAUACAAGUUCCUUCUUUCCUUGAAACUGUUUCUUGUGAUGGGUAUCUCAUGGAUAUUCGAAAUAGCAAGUUUCGCACACGGCGAGGACCACAUUGUUUGGAAAAUCAUGGACACUUUCAACUGUCUCCAAGGAUUCGUAAUAUUCGUACUGCUUGUGGUCCUAAGAAGGCGCGCCAUGAAAGGUCUGGCUGGCCAGCGUUGUUGCCUGCCAGUUACGAGCAAGCUGGCGAACAUGCUGAGUCCUCACGACGACUCUGAUGACCAACUUAUACUGCCUGAUGAGACUGUUGAAGUUAGGCUAAAUUAACUAUCUUUUUUCUGUCAUAAUUUUAAAGCCACUCCAUGCAUCCGUCUUUGAAAAAAAAAUUAUGAUAGGCGGUAUGAUAAAAAUAUUUGAUUUAAAUUUUAUUCCUAAGGUUCGAAUAUCGGUGGAAAGAAAUCCACCCCUGCCUUAAAGUAUACAUAAUGAAUAGUGAAUUAAUUAUUACAAACAAUUAUUAUAUUUACAUAAAAUAUUAUGUCGAAUACCAAAAAAGUUAAUUUAAGAAUCUCAAAAUUUAAAGAGCAGGGUACAUGUAUGUUUUUAUUUAAUAUUAAUAAUUAAUAGGUAAUAUCUUAUUACUAAUAUAAUUGAACUGAUUCAAUUAAAUGACAAUAAUAUUGAAAUAACAAAAAAUGUUACUGUUUUGAUAGUGUUAGUAAUGUGUAUAACACAUUGUGCAUGUAUAAUUAAUAUAAUAUUUAUAUAUAAUAAGUUGUGCCAUAAUAUUGUUAUUCUUAUUUCUUUUUUGAAGUACAAUUACUAAUAAACCAGAUCACCAUUUUUAAGCAAUAUUGAUAAGCACGGAGAAAGAAUAGUAAUAUUAUUUUUUUCAUGAAUUAUGUAUUUUGUACAAUUUAGAAAAAACCAAAUCACGCAAAAGAAAUCAUAACAUUCUUUGUUUUAAAAAAAAAGUGAGAAAAGCGAUGAAUGUAUGUUUGUCUUUAUUCAAAUCUUUUGUUUUUAGUCAUAGAAACAUAAAUUUUCUAUUUUUAUCGAAUUGUUAUUUAAUUGUGCAUUCCAGUCUAAUCUGUAGUAUAGCAUUUACUGUAGUGUAAAUACCAUACUAGUUUUAGUGAAUCUAUUUUUAAACAAUUAUGUUCCUAAGCAUGUCAUGAAAAUAAAACAUUAAAUAGAUUUUCUUUAUA